AUGCCGUCCUUCCCGGCGUUCCCGCAAGCCGUCCUCGCGGCGCACGUCGUCCUCGCGGCGCUCGCGGCGCUCGCGGCGCUCGCGACGCAUGUCGUCGUCGAACGACUCGGCCUCGACGACGCACUCAUCGUCGUCAUCAUCGUCAGACAGGAGCUCGUCAGAGUCUUCAACUUCAACUUCCCGCCCUCCCUCCUCUUCGUCGUCCUCCUCCUCGUCCUCGGCCUCCGGACGUCCGAGUCGGAGCUGGUGAGAUCGGGGUCGGCGGAGAGCGAGUCUAGCGGUUCGUACGUGGUGGCGGUCGAGUCAUCGUCGGCGUCGGGUGCAGAGCUGUAUGCCGAGCUGCUGGAUGCCGAUGAGCAGCCGCGGCGGGCGUUCCUGGCGGCUUUGUCGGAGAUGUACAACCUCGCGCUGAUGGGCGACUCGCUGGAGCAGCUUGAAGAGGAGGAGCAAAUCGAGGUCGACUGGAUGGAGUAUCUGAGCCAGCGACUCGCCCACCAGCUUGGCCCGAAGGAGUGGACCGUGGGUGAUGACGAGCGCGCGCCGUUUGCUUGGCUCGGCGUCUACGACGUUGUUCCGUUCCUCUCGCUUGACGAGCCUGACACUGCCAAGGAGCUCGUUGAGCGCGAGCUCUGGCGCCACAUCCUGGUCUCGAUCCCGGUCACUGGGCUCCACGGCGGCCACUAUUCGCAGCUGCUGUGCACGAUGGACACAACAAGCGGCGUCAUCGACAUUGUCUCGCUCGACUCGCUGCCGACCGGGCACGGCCACUUCCUCAACGACACCGCCGCCGAGGACACGCUUGCCGGCCUACUGCGAACUGGCGUGCUCGGCAAUGUCGACGAUGGGGCGGAUCUUGGCCUUCGCCGCGUCUCCAACUUUGUGCAGCAGUCGGGCGCAUCUCAGAACUGUGGGUUCAUGGUUGCUCUCGGACGGCAGGUUGUCUUUGAGGUGCUAGCCGCUAUCGAGCGUGAAGGCUUAGACGACAUGCCACCGCUUGAUGUCCGCGACAUGGUGCUGAGCCAGUUGCACGUCAUCACCCGCGCCGCCGGCCGAUGUGCCCGCCUGGAGCUCCGCGCCGAUCUGGGCCGCCAGUACGCCGCCUAUCUGGCCUCGCCGCGGCGGCUACGCCGCAAGCAUCGCUUCCGCCCCGCGCCACCGGCUUUCACCCCCUCCUCGACGAUUGAUGGGCCGCAAGAUCGAGUCGAGCGGAGCGUAAUGAAUCGGAGCGUAAUGAAUGAGAGCGCAGCGGAGCCACUCGACUCGUGCCGCCGGUGGUCGACCAUGGCAAGCCGGACGCGGGUGUAUAUGGACAUCCACAUCGGCGACGCUGCGGCAUGGAGCGAGGAGAACGCGGCGUAUGCGCGAGGGUGUGCGUUUGUGGCGGCCGAGGGCGGCGCGUACGGGCUCGGCGCCGAGCUGGCUGCGCUUGAUGAGGAGCAGGCUGCUCUGGCAGCUGAGCUGUACACAAGCAACCCAAAGUACAGCAGCCAGGGGCGGAUGCGGACGACGCCGCCGGCGUCGCUGUGUGCAGGACGGCUAGUCAUUGAGCUGCAUGACGAGGUGGCGCCCAAGGCUGUGGCCAACUUUGCCGCGCUCUGCUCGGGCGAGAAGGGCGUGUCCAAGGCCUCGGGCAAAGCGCUGUCGUACGCCGGCACUCCCAUCCACCGCAUUGUCCCGGGCUUUGUGGCGCAGGGCGGCGACUUUGUCCGCGGCGAUGGUUCGGGUGGCGAGUCGAUCUACGGAAAGAAGUUCAAGGACGAGAAGGCCGGGCUCAAGGGCAAGCACGAUGCCCGCGGCGUGGUCUCUAUGGCCAACUCGGGCCGCAACUCGAACACCUCGCAGUUUUUCCUCACUCUUGCACCUGCGCCACAGUGCGAUGGCAAACAUGUCGUCUUUGGCUCUGUCGUCGACGGGCUAGACGUCCUUGACGCCAUCGAGGCCGUAGGAUCGAGUACUGGCGCCCCGACGGCACCCGUCGUCAUCGGCGCGUGCGGGCUGCUGUAG